AUGAAACUCAACAGAAAGACAGAUAUUCAACCUGCCUACCAGCAGCCAGUAUCUCCUUUGGACCUUCAAGGAACCUUGGAGAAUAAUCAUAAAAGUACCAAAGUUGUUUCUGGAGAGGGAAGUACCUGUAGAAAAGCUUGCAUCAGUGGCUUCAGUGCCAGCCGGUGGGGGAGGCAAACGAGGCUCCGUCCAAAAAGGUACAAAACCAAGAGCCAGCAGCUGCCUAAUAACUCAUUUUUCAGACCACGAAUGAGGCAAAAAGGAAUAAAGAAGGGUGUUCUGGAGAUGUCUGUAGAUAUAACAGACAAUGACUGUUCAUUCCUCAAUAGCUCCCAUUCCUGGGGUAGAGUUCGAGCAUCUUUGUCCUUCCAUAAGAAGAAGAAAGUUACCACAGAAAAGAGUUCCUGCAACAGCAUCCUUUGUACCCCUUCUGUGAAAUCCCAGCUUUCAGGGUACCGAGCAACCCUAUCUACUAGUCAGGCUCAGUGCUGCACUUGGUCCACUUCCUCUAUGGUCCUGCUGGCUCCCAGGAUUUCCUGUUCUGUCCUGGAGCUAAUGCUUACAGAUGCAGAGAAGGUGUUUGGGGAGUGCUAUCAGGAGGGGCCUAUCGCUUUUGAGGAAUGCAUUCCUUUAGAGAAGAUGAAAGAUUGCAAGAAAAUUGGAGAAGGGGUAUUCGGAGAGGUCUUCCAGAUCCACAGUGAGCAAGGACCUGUGGCCUUAAAAAUAAUUCCCAUUGAGGGGACUGAAAGAGUAAAUGGUGAAGCUCAAAAGACCUUUGGAGAGAUUCUGCCUGAGAUAAUAAUUUCAAAAGAACUGAGUCUUCUGUCUGAAGAGUCCGUGAAUAGGACUGUUGGGUUCAUCAGCUUGUACUCUGUGCACUGUGUUCAAGGGGCCUAUCCUAAGCAUCUCCUGGAAGCCUGGGACAAAUACCACAAAAUAACAGGAUCAGAAAAUGAUCGGCCAGACUUUUUUGGGGAUGAGCAGCUCUUCAUGGUUCUGGAGUUUGAAUUUGGAGGCAGUGACUUGGAGAAUAUGAGAAACAGGUUAAGCUCAGUGGGAACAGCAAAAAGCAUUUUGCACCAGGUCACUGCUUCCCUGGCAGUGGCAGAACAGGAACUGCACUUCGAGCACAGAGACUUGCACUGGGGGAAUGUGCUGGUAAAGAAAACAGAUGUAAAGGAGCUUAAUUAUGUGUUGAAUGGGGCAACACACACGAUCCCCACAGCAGGGAUUCACGUCAACAUCAUAGAUUAUACUUUGUCUCGGCUGGAGAAGGACGGGUUAACUGUGUUUUGUGACCUUUCCACUGAUGAAGAACUGUUUCAAGGCACAGGGGACUACCAGUUUGAUAUCUACAGGCAAAUGAAAGCAGAGAACUCCAACAGCUGGACUGACUAUCAUCCACGCAGCAACGUCCACUGGCUGCACUACUUGUCAGAUAAACUUUUGAAAGACAUGCGCUACAAGAAAAAGAAAUCAACUUCUGCCAUGAGGAAAAUAAAGCAGCAGCUCAUUAAGUUCCACAAAGAAGUACUGACCUUUGAGUCUGCCAAUGAAGUUUUACAAAACAGCAGCCUCUUCCAGUGA